AUGGCAGGUCAGGCAGACACAGGGUUGGCAGGAGUAGGGCAAAUUCAAGUAGAAUCAGUAUAUAAGGCAGGUCAGGCAGACACAGGCUCGGCAGCAGUAGGACAAGUUCAAGUAGAAUCUGUAGAUAAGGCAGUUCAGGAAGACAUAGGCUUGGCAGCAGUAGGGCAAACUCAAAUAGAAUCAAUAGAUAAGGCAGGUCAGCUAGACACAGGCUUGGCAGCAGUAGGGCAAACUCAAGUAGAAUCAGCAGAUAAGGGGGGUCAGCCAGACACAGGCUUGGCAGCAGUAGGACAAACUCUAGUAGAAUCAAUAGAUAAGGCAGUUCAGGCAGACACAGGCUCGGCAGAAGUAGGGCAAACUCAAAUAGAAUCAGUAGAUAAGGCAGAUCAGGCAGACACAGGCUCGGCAGCAGAAGGGCAAACUCAAGUUGAAUCAGUAGAUAAGGCAGAUCAGGCAGACACAGGCUUGGCAGCAGCAGACAAAGGCUUGGCAGCAGUAGGGCAAACUCAAGUAGAAUCAGCAGAUAAGGCAGGUCAGCCAGACACAGGCUUGGCAGCAGUAAGGCAAACUCAAGUAGAAUCUGUAGAUAAGGCAGAUCAGCUAGACACAGGCUUAGCAGCAGUAGGGCAAACUCAAGUAGAAUCAGUAGAUAAGGCAGAUCAGGCAGACACAGGCUUAGCAGCAGUAGGGCAAACUCAAGUAGAAUCAGCAGAUAAGGGGGGUCAGCCAGAUACAGGCUUGGCAGCAGUAGGACAAACUCAAGUAGAAUCAGUAGAUAAGGCAGUUCAGGCAGACACAGGCUCGGCAGCAGUAGGGCAAACUCAAGUAGAAUCAAUAGAUAAGGCAGGUCAGUCAGACACAGGCUCGGUAGCAGUAGGGCAAACUCAAGUAGAAUCAGCAGAUAAGGCAGGUCAGUCAGACACAGGCUCAGCAGCAGUAGGGCAAACUCAAGUAGAAUCAGUAGAUAAGGCAGAUCAGCCAGACACAGGCUUGGCAGCAGUAGAGCAAACUCAAGUAGAAUCAAUAGAUAAGGCAGUUCAGGCAGACACAGGCUCGGCAGCAGUAGGGCAAACUCAAGUAGAAUCAGUAGAUAAGGCAGAUCAGGCAGACACAGGCUCAGCAGCAGUAGGGCAAACUCUAGUAGAAUCAGUAGAUAAGGCAGAUCAGGCAGACACAGGCUCGGCAGCAGUAGGGCAAACUCAAGUAGAAUCAGUAUAUAAGGCAGUUCAGGCAGACACAGGCUCGGCAGCAGUAGGGCAAACUCUAGUAGAGUCAGUAGAUAAGGCAGAUCAGGCAGACACAGGCUCGGCAGCAGUAGGGCAAACUCAAGUAGAAUCAAUAGAUAAGGCAGAUCAGGCAGACAAAGGCUCGGCAGCAGUAGGGCAAACUCAAGUAGAAUCAAUAGAUAAGGCAGAUCAGGCAGACAAAGGCUCGGCAGCAGUAGGGCAAACUCAAGUAGAAUCAAUAGAUAAGGCAGAUCAGGCAGACAAAGGCUCGGCAGCAGUAGGGCAAACUCAAGUAGAAUCAAUUGAUAAGGCAGAUCAGGCAGACAAAGGCUCGGCAGCAGUAGUGCAAACUCAAGUAGAAUCAGUAGAUAAGGCAGAUCAGGCAGACAAAGGCUCGGCAGCAGUAGGGCAAACUCAAGUAGAAUCAAUAGAUAAGGCAGAUCAGGCAGACAAAGGCUCGGCAGCAGUAGGGCAAACUCAAGUAGAAUCAGUAGAUAAGGCAGAUCAGGCAGACAAAGGCUUGGCAGCAGUAGGGCAAACUCAAGUAGAAUCAGCAGAUAAGGGGGGUCAGCCAGACACAGGCUUGGCAGCAGUAGGGCAAACUCAAGUAGAAUCAGUAGAUAAGGCAGAUCAGGCAGACAAAGGCUCGGCAGCAGUAGGGCAAACUCAAGUAGAAUCAAUAGAUAAGGCAGAUCAGGCAGACACAGGCUCGGUAGCAGUAGGGCAAACUCAAGUAGAAUCAGCAGAUAAGGGGGGUCAGCCAGACACAGGCUUGGCAGCAGUAGGACAAACUCAAGUAGAAUCAGUAGAUAAGGCAGAUCAGGCAGACACAGGCUCGGCAGCAGUAGGGCAAACUCAAGUAGAAUCAGCAGAUAAGACAGAUCAGCCAGACACAGGCUUGGCAGCAGUAGGGCAAACUCAAGUAGAAUCAGUAGAUAAGGCAGUUCAGGCAGACACAGGCUCGGCAGCAGUAGGGCAAACUCAAGUAGAAUCAAUAGAUAAGGCAGAUCAGGCAGACAAAGGCUCGGCAGCAGUAGGGCAAACUCAAGUAGAAUCAGUAGAUAAGGCAGAUCAGGCAGACACAGGCUCGGCAGCAGUAGAAGAAAAGAGCACUGUAUUAUGUACAAUCUCAGUUGUGAGCAGUGUUGCCUCUAAUGCCAUAUUUUAUGAGUUGGCAGUCUCCUUGACUAAUCUUCUGGUUUUCUCUGACAUUGGUGUCAUAUUUUCAUCAGACACAUAA